AUGGCCGGGAUGGAGAAUAUCUACUCUGCCACCUACAGUAGCCAUCCGGUUUACGAGCUCAAAAUCGACGGCGAUAGUGUGAUGAGACGACGAGAAGACGACUGGGUGAACGCAACACACAUUCUCAAAGCAGCGGGGUUUGAUAAACCUGCGCGAACUCGGAUUCUCGAACGCGAAGUUCAAAGGGGCGUACACGAGAAAGUUCAAGGUGGUUAUGGCAAAUACCAAGGAACAUGGAUCCCCCUUCCGGAGGGUCGGUUACUUGCCGAGCGCAAUAACAUCCUCCCAAAACUAAUUGGAAUCUUUGAUUACGUCGCCGGAGGCCGCAGUCCACCGCCAGCGCCAAAGCAUACUUCGGCUGCGUCCAAGCCCCGAGCCCCAAGAAAAUCCGCCGCUGCCAACCGUGCCGCCGCCGCCGUCGCAGCAGCGGCGGCCGCGGAGAGUCUCAAGGUUGUCCAACCUCCACGCAGUAUGGGGCCUCCAACAAUUCCCCAAGAUCAUUAUGAUAUGAACGGAGGAUUUGACGACAACGAAUCCAUUGGACACAAUACGAUCGACUCAUCGUCAAUGGUCGCCGACGAAGAUAUGCUCCAGAUGUCGCACGGUGGCCGGAAGCGAAAGCGUGGAGUGGACGAGACAACUGCUAUGUCAAUUGCUGAGCAGGAACACAUAAUUUAUGGCGACCAACUUCUCGACUACUUCAUGACCGUGGGAGAUGCUCCAGAGGCAACACGGAUAUCACCACCUGUUCCUCCUGCCCAAUUCCAAGUCGAUCGAGCCAUUGAUGAGUCCGGCAACACCGCGCUUCAUUGGGCUUGUGCAAUGGGUGAUCUGGGUAUCGUUCACAGCCUCAUCAGCAAAGGAGCCAAUGUCAAAGCUCUGUCAGAGCAUGAGGAGACUCCGCUUGUUCGCGCCGUUCUGUUCACCAACAAUUACGAAAAGAGAACGUUUCCGACACUACUGGACAUGCUCUUAGAUACCGUCUCUUUUCGAGAUUGGUUCGGUGCCACAAUCUUCCAUCAUAUCGCAGAAAAUACUCGAAGCAAGGGAAAGUGGAAAAGCUCGCGGUAUUAUUGCGAAAUUCUCCUCGAUAAAUUAUGCAAGACCUGCUCCCAAGAUGAAGUAGCCAUCUUGCUGUCAUGCCAAGACCAGAAUGGAGAUACUGCCGCUCUUGUUGCGGCUCGAAACGGUGCAUUCCGUUUAGUCAAUAUCCUGCUUGUUCAUUGCCACCGAGCCGGUGAUCUUGUGAACAGCAAAGGCGAAACCGCUGCUGGCAUCUUACAGCGUUCCCACCACCCGGAUCAUGAAAUCCCGCCACCUCCAUCUUCAGUCACUAUGGCUAACGAGAACAUGGAUGUUGAUGUCGGUGGCCUUGGGGCUGCGAGUCAACACUCCGUUGCUCCGGUUCCCGAUGCGCCUGCAACAACGGAGCUUCUUACGAAGAUCGGCACGAUUAUGGCUGAAGCAAACAAGAAACUUGCCGUAACUUACGGUAAUUCUAAGGACAACCAACAAGAUUCCACCGAUGUCGCCAACCCGGAAGCACUCCACGAGCAACUUGAGUCAGAUCGCCAAAAGAUCAAGAAUCAACUUUCUAUCUUGGUGGCCAAGGAUGCGGAGCAUGAACGAACUGGUGACCAACUCAGCAGGUAUGAGAAAUUACGUGCCAGCUACGAGUCACUGCUUGAGCAGGUUCAAUACAGUCGCUUGGCGCAACAGCUCGCAGUCACCGAGACACCCAAGCCCACACCUGCUUCCCUCGAGCAAGACCAGUUGAUUGCACGGUACCAACUUGCACGGGAGCUUACUUCUGCACAAAAGAUACGCCACAAAGCCGUCAAAGACCUGGCUCAACAAACCGCUGACGCGGGUGUGAGCACCAAGUUCGAUGUGCAUCGUAAGCUAGUGGCUUUGGCAACCGGACUCAAGGAAGAGGACCUAGAUCCUAUGGCUGCUGAGCUGGCCGAAACCCUGGAGUUUGACCGAAUGAAUGGAAAGGGCACCACGCCUGAACUUGGUCAUCGCCAGCUACCAUCCCAGAACGAUGCGGCUACCCUCCCUGGACCUAGUGUGCCCGUGGAUGUCUAA